AAGACCAGAAGGAGGAGGAGGUAUCUAAAGAUGACAAUAGAAAGAGAAUAACUAAACAACAUAUAAAGUAAAGGAAGGAGAAACGAAGGGGUAAAAGGACGAAGAAUCAAAAUUAUCACUAUAUUUAUUCCUUUUACUUGUGUACCUUUUUCUACCAAUUGAAAGUGCGGCCCUAGAAUGUUACUGAAGCAAAUUCAAGCUUUUGACUAAUUUAUUGUCGUCGGCUAUUUUAAGUUAUAUUCGGGGAGAUUUGAUUGAUUCUGAAUCAAUAUUAUAGAAGAAUGGAGGAUAGGUACGGGGAUAUGAGAGUUCCUCUAAUCUCUUGCAUUUUUUGUAUUUGUGUAACUGGCGGAGGAAUCCUCCUUGUCAUCUACCUUUUCGUGCCGAAUCAUUCUCAGCCUUGGUUUCUUCCAGCAGCAUUGAUCUUAGUUGGUUCUCCAUGGCUAUUUUGGUUCCUCACUUACAUGUACACUUGCAUCAAACGAUGUUGUUGCAGUAGCAAACUUGAUAAUCGCCAGAUUUCACAGCGCAGCUCCAAGGCGGCCAACAUGACGAGCGCCAGGAAUGUUUCCACGCGAAAUUCGACUAAUUCACAGAACAAUAAUUAUGAUGAAAAGCAUGUCAAAUUUGCUGGUGUUGUGGAAGUUGGGGAAAGUGGGCAUAGCCGUCGUAGCAAUCAAGAUGAAUGAGAGAUACAUCCAUCAAAUCCUCGGAGUAAAUUGAGGUGCCCUUGAACUAAUCAAGAUACAUAUAGUGAUUCUAAUAGAUGGGCUCAUGGCUGUAUGCAUGAGUUGAGUCUCGAAAGACAUUGCGACUGUGGAAUCAGGCAGAGAAAGAUUUAAACUUGAUGGAUCUGAAGGUUUUUAUCACGCAUUUGCUUUUAAAAUUACGGGUUCUGUGUAUGAUAUUGUUGACAAUUUAGCAAUUUUUCAUAUGCAUAUUUAUGCUUCAUGUUGAAGUAUGAUGAAACUUCAAGCGUUUGCACGUAUUUUAUGGAGAACCAUCUUGCUCUUUUACAGAUUUGGUAUUUAGUUUGAUGUGGAGAUGAAAUUAGGAUUUGCUUUA